AUUUGCGUGACCGCCGUUUUGUUUGGGUUGUACGGAUUUACCGGCAGAAUUUCCUGUUUUUUCGACUUUGUUCCGCUUGAAUUCCGAAAAUGGGCUCUAAGAAGCACAAGAAACACAAAUCCGAACGUCGGGAGCGUGAAGCUUCGGAGAAAGCCAAUAUGCUGCUGGAACGUCCACCGAGUUUGAAGCUGAUCCUCAAGGUGAGCGGAAACAGUUCCACACCGGAACACGGCAGCGAUUCUCCUGCUUACGGUAUUCAUUCGGAUUUGCCGUCUUCGUCGCUGGCUGGGGAAUAUUCCGGGGAGCGUCAUAAAAAGUCAAAGAAAAAGAAGAAGAAGAAGGACCGUGAGAAGAAGCACAAGCACCACAAGGAGAAACGCCGGCACCGGGGUGACGACUCCAGCCAGGAAGACUUCGGAAGUGUCGGAGAUGAAAGCAGUCAAGCGCCUCCCGAUGGAAGCCUGUUGUACACGGCCGCUGCAACAGCAUCAAUUUCCACGGUCGGAAGUUCCAGCAGUCCGGCUUCUCUCCCGGUUACGAAACCAUUCAUUCCCAUUAAGAGUCCGGAACCGGAACCGAUCCCCAUAAUCCAACCGACAACCCCGGCUACGCCGGCCACUCCAUCAACCACUUUCGGAGGCAAAGAAGAGAUCAUGGCCCCAAGCUCGGUCACAACCGAGGAGCCCAUCGCGAGUCCGGUUUCGCUUCAGUCCACCUCUCGACCGGGAAGCAAAAUGGAUUUCCACGACAGUUGCUCGAAUCAGGCUCCGAAAACACCGGGUUCGGAUUGCAGCGGUCGGGAACAGCGUUCCUGUGUUAUCAAGAUGAAGCAGAGCCGGUCGCCGUUGGCUCGGCUGUUGGAUCAUCUGAUAAAGGCCCUGGAGAAGCGGGAUCCGCAUCAGUUUUUUGCCUGGCCGGUGACCGAUGAUAUUGCCCCGGGGUAUUCUUCGAUCAUUAUCAGACCGAUGGAUUUUAGCACCAUCCGGCAGAAGAUCGAUGAUAAUGAGUACAAAUCGGUGCAGGAGUUUAGCGACGAUUUCAAGCUGAUGUGCGACAAUGCGAUCAGAUACAACCACUCGGAAACGGUCUACCACAAGGCGGCCCGGAAACUUCUGCACGUGGGAGCCCGGCUGUUGCAGCCGGAAAAUCUGGUUCGUUCGCUGCGCCCACUCAUGACAUACAUGCGGGAGCUUACCUUCAAGGAGCUCGGCUUCGAACUGCCCAUCUCCAGCGAUCUCAACGACCAGGACCAUCAUACACUGGACUCGGCAGAUGAAGCCGUAGCUGCUGCCGUUGACGAAGGAUUGAAUGCCCAGAUAAACGCACAGCUCGAGGAAGAGGAAAAACGGCGGCAGAUCCGUUUGGAGAAUAAUCCAACCACCAAGUUCGAGGCUUUCGUGGAUGAUUUGACUCCGGAGGAAGUGCUCGAACAGGUUCAGAAGGCUGCCUUGAGCUCUCGAUCGAAGUUGUUGAAGAAAAGAUCUGCCAAUAAGAUGGGCUUCUUGAGACAUUUGAAGGAUGGCACAACUACCAUGAACAUUUUGCUAGCCAAUGAAAACAACAACCCGGAGAAGGUGGUUUCAUUGGAAGCUUUCACCGGCAAGUUGCAGUACGGAACAGCCCAACUUCAAGGAUUCCGAGAAGAUCGCAGAAAUUUUGCUAAGGUGAUCAAACCGCUGACCUACGGUGCAUUUAGCUCGUUUGCGCCAGUUUUUGAUUCCCGGUUCUCGAAUCUCUCUAAAGAAGAAACGGAAAUGGUUCUGAAUACGUACGGCGAUGAAACUGGCAGUAACUAUGCAGAAAGCAUUAUGAGAUACACGAAAGAUAGUCCUUAUGCUGGAGGCAUAGCCCACAGUUUGUUGGACAUAUUAACUAAUGGAGAGCAUCGGAAAACUUUUGGCACUUUGUAUGAAUCGGAAAUGCAGCGUCAAGAAAAGGAUGCCGUCAAACAAACUUUUCCGGAACCGGCUGAACAGGAAAAAGAAAAACAACAGCUAGCAAACGUGAAAGUUGACGUUAGUCAGCUUCGUUCUCUAAGCGAGUUGGGUAUUGAUGUAUCAUUCCUGGGCGACUUGGAACGUGAGCUCAAUGGAGCAAACAUUCCGGACGAUCUGCAGCAAUCGUUGAACGAGAAUUCAGAUCUCAUCCAGAAGCUACACCAGAUACAAACGGAUCGCCUUUCGGCUCCACUGCCGGCUCAUUUGUCCUAUGUGCAGCGUCCUGGAGAAGGUGAAAUCGAACUGGCACAACAAAUUACUAACAAUUUAACGCAAAUUGCUAAACAACUGCCUCCCAUGGCUAUCGCUGCUCCCCACGGGGUACGAAAGGCUUUGGGAAUGACCGGUGUUGGAUUAGAGAUGUAUCAAACGCCACCGGUGGGAAUUAUCAACCCGCAACCAGUCAAUCCAGGAUCGGUUCAACAAUCAAAGCCCAACAACCCUACAUCUAAUGACAUCAUAGACACCACCCCGAUGGAUAUGGAUCUGGAGCCGGAACCGGUGCCGUCGCAUCAUCAUCACCACCACCACCACCACCAUCCGAACCCGAAUCCCUCCCAGGUGGACAUCGAUAGUGAGCUGAGGGAACUGCUUAGUACGACAAGCUCUCAGGAUGGGUCCGGAAGUGGCGUUGCUGAUGGGGAUGCUGCAACGGCUAGUAUUGAACAGAUGCUGAUGGAUUAAUGGCAGCUGAAGGGUAUGGAUGACAAUUUAUCAUUUAUGUGAAAGUAUUUUAACAGAAAGAAUGACGCAUUUUAUUCAUUUUCUAUGUAAAUGCCACGGGGCAUUUCGCAUGGAAGAAAACACGAGAUUGUGAAUAAA